CAAGCCUGCUACCUGGUUACCAAGACAACGGAGACGAACUGCGCUGUUACUUAAGUUCGAACUGAUUUUUUAGCUGUUUUUUUUAUUUAUUGUUUUACUUGCGACGGAAAAAUCCUAGAUGACGAUGUUAAUUAGUUAAUGCAAUGAUUAUAAGGACGGUUGAAUAGACGAGUGUGAUGAUGACGGCCGUCCCUUUGUGGGCUCUCUCCCUUCCACUCCCUGCCAUCAUCCUGAUUUCUGUUGGACUCUAUAUGCUGUUUCUUGCAGGGGUCUUAUGGUGCCAUCACUGUCUCAAGACCCAGUGCAAUUCUCAGUGUGCCAACUGCUGCCCGAGCGUAUCUCCUUUUGAGUACUGUUACAUGUGUGCUCAAUCAUGUGACUGCCACCCACCAUCUCUUCAAACGUGCCUUGACCACUCCUGUCCCUCUUCUCACUGUGCCAUGUGGGACUGCUCCUGUACCCCUCAGUCACCUCAGUGUGACUCCAUCAACUGUUUAUGCUGCGAGAUCAAGUUCAAAUAGAGACUAAAUGGAAGAUCGAUUUAUACUUUCAAGGCCAAAUGGUUUCAGGGUCUAGACUAAGUUGUGUAUGCGAUUGUUCUCAUGUUUACAGCAAGUACAUUCUUUUUUUUUUUUCCAAUCAUUGUACAUUUACAGUUUUUAAACAUGUUAUUUUUGUUUAGAAUGCCUUCUUGUUUAUGUUUACUGGCUUUUUCUUUCAUAAUCUUUCAGUGUCCAAGUUCUUGCUUUUUAAUAUUUUUUAAAAUAAUAAGCGUAUGUCAAAUUAUUGUCGCUACAGUAAUUACAUUGCACAAGCUGUGUCCUGGAUAUUUCAGCUGUUGCAGCACUAACACCAGUUUUCUAGGAUUGAUUUUACAGAUUUCUAUUUUCUUUUUGUAUUUGCAUAGAAGCAUGCUGUAUAGUCUUUAAAUAGGAAACCAAAGCUAUCUUUUUAAUUAUGUUUUGAAUUCUUGAGUUCUUGCUUACUGUGUUGCUUCAGUUAAAGAUUUUUUCCUACAAGAUACCAGCGUUAUUAUUAUUAUUAUUAUUAUAAAGAACAAGAAUAAUAAUAAAUGAAAUAUUACUGUAAAGAUUCAUCUUACAUUAUAUCGGGCAUUAUCUCUACAUACAGUUACAUAUAAUUAAAUGUGACUUAAAAACAGUUUCAUACACAAAAUAUAGAUCCAUUAUCCUGGAAAAAUAAGACAUAAAUUAUCUGAUUGGUAUGAGAAGGGAGCAUGCUUUUUUUCCACAUGCUAUUAUUUACAGACAAAAUUUUUGACAAUAAAACAAAUAUUAAUUUUCACAAAG